UCCAAACGGUCCUUUAAAUCUGCGGUCUGCCCAAGUCCCCACUAUCUCUGCUGGGAUCCACCUUUCCGCCCGCUUCGAGCCUCGACGACUCGGUGACCCCCCCCUGCUUAUCAUCACACUUAUUAUAUAUUCACAGCGCGCGCAGCUCCCACCCCAAACACCCACAACCACUCUUUUAUACAGACGGACGGCCGCCCCAUCAGGAGGGAGCACUCCCCUCGCCCACCUGCGCGCCAUCAAUCUUCGCAUCACCAACCCUUUGAAGUGGUCGACAAUCCAUUUCUCUGUGCACUAUCUCGGAUCCUGAAUCUGCCCUCGUCACAAUGGCCGACGAGAAGGGAGUGCCGACGACACCCGAUGCCAAAGCGGCAUCGCAAGACGACUCCGCCCACGACAACCCUUCGGGCACCCUGGAACUGCCGGAUUCGUGGAAAUACAGACGACUGACCCUGUUUGGAUACAAGUUCCCAUGGUAUGCUUCGCCUUCGGUGCAAUUGGUCAUCGUCUCCUUCGUCUGCUUCAUGUGUCCCGGCAUGUUCAACGCCCUGAACGGAAUGGGCGGUGGAGGUCAGCUCGACAACACGGCCAACAACCGAGCAAACACGGCCCUGUAUUCCACCUUCGCCGUCGUCGGCUUCUUCGCCGGCACCUUUACUAACAAGCUGGGAAUUCGCACUGCGCUUUCCUUUGGAGGUAUUGGAUACUCGGUCUACGUGGCAUCCUACCUGAGCUACAACCACACCAAGAAUCUCGGCUUCACCACUUUCGCUGGUGCCCUUCUCGGUGUGUGUGCCGGUCUGCUGUGGUGCGCCCAGGGAGCCAUUAUGAUGUCGUACCCCUCCGAGGCUAACAAGGGUCGCUAUAUCUCGUGGUUUUGGAUGAUCUUCAAUCUGGGUGCCGUCAUUGGAAGUUUGAUUCCGCUGGGCCAGAAUAUCCACGCCAAAGGCAAGUCCGUAGUCACAGACGGUACUUAUGUCGGCUUCCUCGUCCUCACGCUGAUCGGUGCCGGUCUGUCUUGGUGCCUUGUCGAUACAAAGAGCGUCAUCCGCUCCGACGGUUCCAAAGUCAUUGUCAUGAAGCACCCUUCGUGGAAGUCGGAGAUUGUCGGCCUCUGGGAGACGUUCAAGACGGACCCGUACAUCAUCGCACUCUUCCCCAUGUUCUUCGCCUCCAACUGGUUCUACUCGUACCACUUCAACGAGGUCAAUGGUGCUUACUUCACCACGCGCACCCGCGCCCUGAACGGCGUGUGCUACUACAUCUUCCAGAUCAUUGGUGCCUACGUCUUUGGCUUUGCCCUUGAUACCAAGGGCGUCCGCCGCACGACGCGUGCCAAGGGUGCUUGGGUCGCCCUCUUCGCCCUCAUCAUGGCCAUCUGGGGCGGUGGAUACAAGUUCCAGACGACCUACGACCGCGCCUGGGCCGAGGACGAGAACAGCGUGAAGAAGGACUGGACCGACCCCGGAUUUGCGGGACCGUUUGUUCUGUACAUGUUCUACGGCUUCUCCGAUGCCGCAUGGCAGACCUGCGUCUACUGGUUCAUGGGCGCCCUCACCAACAACGGCCGCAAGCUCGCCAACUUUGCAGGCUUCUACAAGGGCAUCCAAUCGGCCGGUGCGGCCAUCACCUGGCGUCUCGACGACAUCAAGAUCCCCUACAUGAACAUGUUUGCCUCCAACUGGGCGCUCCUCGCCGGCAGUCUGGUCAUCGCUCUCCCCGUCAUUCUCUGGAAAGUCGAAGACUCGGUUUCGCUGGAGAAGGACAUUGCGUUCGCGGAUACGACGAUUGAGGAGGUGGCGCCCAAGGAGGCGGUUAUUGAGGCGCCACAUGGGCACCAUCAAGAGAAGGUCUAGGGGGUGUCCUUCAUUUUGAGUAGUUAUGGCUGGUUGGAUGAUCGGUUCUGCUUGGUCCUUUUGCCUAUUGCCUUGCUUGCUUGCUUGUUUACUUGCUUGCGUGCAUUGAUUUCCCCCAUGGGUGGGGUUCUGAUACCACUCAUCGAUCCCUAUUGAGAUUUUGGUGUACAUGGAUGAUGGGGGUGGAAGAGAGCCUUGGGAAACAGAUAUGGGGGGGAUUAUAUAUCCUGGACUGGGCGUGCGCGAGAUGAUGACCUUAAUAUAUUUAAGUGUUUGGAUUUGUUUGCACAUAGGAAUA